CGGUGAGUGACCCUAACAUUUUCCCUUCGCCGCACCAUGGUGACGGGGUUCUCUCUCCGCCCGGUUACAUCCUCCAUUUCUCACUUUCCUCCAAAACAUAGGGUUAGGUUUAGGGUUUCUGAGUCACUCUCUUUCCCAAUUCGGACACCGAGUCGACUCAGUUCCAAGCAAAUGAGCACCGAAUCUGCCGCAGACUCAAAUGCCAUCGUCUCCAGCGACGGAAAAGCGGCAAACCCCGAUAUUCUGGUGCAGUACGUAGUUCUCCGGCGAGACCUGAUCGAGAAGUGGCCGCUGGGGAGCAUCGUCACGCAGGGCUGCCAUGCUUCAGUGUGUGCGAUUUGGGCUUACAAAGACGAUCCCCACACGAUCGAGUACUGCAGCCCUGAAAAUAUUGAUUUAAUGCAUAAGGUAACCCUUGAAGUGAAGGGAGAAACCCAGAUGGAGAACCUGGUGGAGAAGCUGAGAGCAGGUGGCAUUGCUCACAAGCUGUGGAUUGAACAACCUGAGAACAUUCCCACUUGUCUUGCUACCAAGCCCUACCCCAAAUCCAUUGUAUCGCCAUUCUUCAGAAAGCUCAAGCUCUGCAAGUCAUGAAGUUGGUAACAUUUUUUCUGGUUCCUGCAAAUUGUGGAUGGAGUUGCAGGGGCUAGAGUGUUUCUUUUUUUAAUUCCCCAAUACUGAAGCUAGAUGAAGUAAAACAACUGAAAAUGCAGAGAUGCAAGAGUGGAGAUCUACCUCCUCAGAGGACAUUUAUGUUGUAGGAACGAACAUGUAACUCAUUUCGCUUCCCGCCCUUUUUUUUUGUUAAAUUUUGGUCUAAACUUGCAAUCCAUGGACUAGGAGAUAUCAAUUGUUUAGUAUAAUUAUUAUGUAUUUGGAUUGUUGAAAGGCAAAAUUUUACAGAUUGAAAUUGGGAGUUUAAUUGUAGAAGUUAAUGAAAACUCCUUUGUAAAA